GCCUUUUCCACCGCCCUCUCUCACUCUCUCAUGACCUCGCGUCAUCUUCACCCCUUACAGACUUCCCUGCCUCCUCUAGGACCAACGUACUUCCUGCCCUCGCCUAACUCUGAAGUGCCUCCAGCCUCCUCGCUGCCUCUCUGUCAAUACUCUGCUCCCUCCAGCAGCGCGUUCCUCCCUCAGACCAGCCGCCAUCCUCUUCUUUGCUGCCUGUGCAGCCAGAACUCCGACCCACUGUUGCCUCCGCCUUCCUUGCUCUUGAGACCUAGCUCUCUCAGCUGACACCGAGACAUCGCUAUCUACGCUGCCUCCGCGGCCAACGCGGGUGCCACGCGCUUUCUCCGCCACCACUGCAACACACCGCCGCGGUUCUGAGGCCCAUCAUGGUCCCGCAGCAAACAGGUAGCAGGAAGCGGAAAGAGCCCGUUGUCGAGGCGGGCGCCGGGAGCUCGUCGUCGCAGAGCUCAGCGGCAGCUGGGCAAGGAGAGGGUGUCCUGCGGCCCAAGAAGCACAAGGGGCUGGAGGAGCAUCGCUCCGUGGUGUACUACCUGAAGGGCCGCGAGAUGUGCGCAGGGGGCUGCGCCAAUCUCCGGGGCUUCGAGGGCGUGCUGCGCGGCUACGCGGUGCAGAGGCUGCCGGAGCUACUGACUGAACGUCAGCUGGUCCUGGGCACUCUCAACAAGGUGUUCGCGUCGCAGUGGCUGAACGCCAGGCAGGUAGUGUGCGGCACCAAAUGCAACACCCUCUUCGUUGUAGACGUGCAGACGGGCCAUAUCACUCACAUCCCCUUGAUGCAGGACAGAGUUCCAGCACAAGUCAGCGCAGAGACAACCUCAGGCAUCCAUGCCAUUCAGCUGAAUCCCUCCAAGACUCUGCUGGCCACCGGGGGCGAAAACCCCAACAGCCUAGGAGUCUACCAGCUGCCCACCCUAGACCCUGUGUGCCUUGGCGACCAACAGGGCCACAGGGACUGGAUCUUUUCCAUCGCAUGGAUAAAUGACACUGUGGCUGUGAGUGGCUCUCGUGAUGGGACCGUAGCAUUGUGGCAAGUGGAUCCUGACCUGUUCAGUGGCAGCCCUUCCUGCAACAAUGAAGGACAGGUUCCAGCAUAUGCCCACAUCCGUCCGAGUGACAUUGAGAUGAUUCCCAGAGUCAACAGCAACCCUGGAAAUCGGAAAGUACGAGCCCUGGCAUUCAGUAGCAAGAACCAGGAGCUGGGAGCUGUGUCCUUAGAUGGUUACUUUCACCUGUGGAAAACCCGGAAUAAUCUGUCCAGGUUGUUGUCUAUCAGGCUGCCUUAUUGUCGAGAAAAUGUGUGCCUGACCUACUGUGAUGACUUAUCCCUGUACGCAGUAGGCUCCCAGUCACAUGUGUCCUUUCUUGAUCCACGCGAGAGGCGGCAGAAUGUUCGGCCCUUGUGCUCUCGAGACGGUGGCACAGGUGUGCGCUCUCUGAGCUUUUACCAGUACAUUGUAACUGUGGGCACAGGUCAUAGCUCCUUGCUCUUCUAUGACAUCCGUGCUCAGAAAUUCCUGGAGGAGAGGUCUGUUUCCAGCUUGGACUCUUUGCAUGGGCCUGCACGGAGGAAACUCAAACUCAUCUGUGGCAGAGGCUGGCUCAAUCAUGAUGACCUUUGGGUGAACUACUUUGGUGCAGUGGAGGAGUUCCCGAAUGCACUCUACACUCACUGUUACAACUGGCCUGAGAUGAAGCUGUUUGUUGCAGGAGGUCCUCUCCCUUCCGGCCUCCAUGGGAACUAUGCAGGCCUCUGGAGCUAAGGAUCAUGGCCUCAUUUUCAAAGUGAACAAAUUUGUCUUUCAUAUAAGUUUAACUUUCUGUGCUUUUUCUUCAUGCUAGUAAAUUUGUAUGCCUUUUGUCGUCCAGGUGGAACUAGCUUAACCUAUCUGCACUUAGUGUAUUAGCCACUGAGAUAGAAAGGACAUAGAGAAAGAGUGAACACAAGUUAUCCUUUUGGCAAUAAAAAUUUGACAUUAAAUCCAGAAGUGGUGAUGCAGGUCUAUAAUCUCAGUACUCUAGGAGCCCAAGACAAGAGAAUCACAAAUUCAAGUUCUGGAGAAUUUAACAAUUUAACAGGCUCGUGUUUUAAAAUUAGAGUGGGGAUGUAGCUCAGUGUGAAAGCCUUAGAUUCAAUUCCCUCGUACUAGAAAAAUCAAAAAAAAAACAGACAAAA